CUUGCACAUUUGGGAUGAUUUUAAUAAUGGUUCGCUUCAAACGCACAUUUCCACGGAGCUGCAGUUGAGGUUUCAAUCAAAGUCCGACUGGAUUCUCGCAGCGUGAUGGAUACAAAUGAGUUCACAGUACUGAAACUUUUUGUUGUCGGGAUUUUGGUCAAUGCCUGGAUGAUGGGGGGGUUGUCAGCCACUGACAGUUUCAAUAUCGAUCCCACUACCCCCCAGCCAAAGAAAACCUGCAAUGAGUCCCGUCUGCAGUGGGAGGUGGAGGUCUGUGGAGAGGGCUUCAAGCGGGACAUGGGUCACAUAGAUCCACAGCAAUGGUGUAACCUCACAUACUUCAUCAGUGAGUACUACGUCUUCACCAGCUGCACAGAGACAAAGGCCGAAAUCGUCAGCUGCUACUGGCCCAAUCCACUGGUGGAGAGCUACAUCAUCGGUAUACACAAGCACUUUUUCUCCCACUGCCCCAUGGACCAGGUGGUAUGGGUGGAUCCGCCGGACGAAACGCUAACCAUCCUCAUCCUCGUCCCCGUUUUCCUCACAUUGGCCAUGAUCGCCCUGGUUGUCUGGUGCAGCAAGAGGAGUGAUGUUCUGGCUUAG